AUGAAGAUUCGUCGCCAAAUUGGAGAAGCGCUGCUGUCUGAGUUGGAGGACUUGCACCAAGAGCUCUGUUUAUUAACUGACAUUUGGAGGGAUUAUCGAGCCACCAUAUCCACUGAAGAACAGUCCAUUGAACAAGAGAAGACGCGAAGCAAACAGCAGCAGCUUCCCGAACCCCCAAAUGCGCGCGCCAGACUGGAACAGGAGAUUCGCUUCUUUGCCGAAUGCCUCCGAAACAGGUGCGGUGACAGCGUGACCAUCUCCACCAUUACCGAGCAGGCCGACAACCUUCGACAGAUGGUGGCUGAGGAGAUUGAGAACAUGAAGUUGGAUGUUGAGUUUCUGCGUCAGUGCAUUGACGGCGAGCACGAGUACAGGUCACAGCUGCUCAGCCGCCGCCAGCAGGAGAGCGAAACGGUGACGCUGAGUGAACUUCGCGAUGCACGUGCUGCCCUCGAGCGCGAAUAUCUGCAGCAGGCGGCAAGCCGGACCGCAAAUCCUGCGGACACACACACGAUGGCUAGCAAACCGCCCCCGCUCAAAGCCAAGCGAGAUCUGCCUGCUGUGCGCCGUCCGCCCACGACUGCUGGGCAGCGGCGGCUACCGCGACCAACAACCGCAUCCUUACACACGGCGGCACACGCGCAGCGCACAAUACCGCCCCUCCCCUUCCCACACCACCACGGAUCGCAACACCACCAACAACAACAACUGCAACAACAACAUCAGCAGCAACAACAACAACUACGGUUGCAAAGAGGUGACCCCACCAGCACCAGCACCAGCACCAGCACCAUUAGCAGUGCCAGUGCGCGCGCGAAUGGUGCUCGCCGCGCACCUCAACCGCCACCACCGCCAGUCGAUGCGAAGCGGAACGCAAGCGGCGUUGCCUCAUCUCCUGAACGCCAAAGACCAAGGCUCGCAUCUGCGAGCGCAUCUGCCCGCGCCCGCCGUCUGCUCAAGUCAGACUCCGCCAACCGUCAGCUCCCAAUGCCACCACAACCCCCAUCAUCAUCGUCAUCAUCAUCACAGCACCAUAGGAGACGGCAGCCAUGCCCACCUCCCGCCGCACACACCAAGUGACGGAUUGCUUUGUGUGUUUUGUAUCAACAACGACAACAACGUCGAAUUGCUUGCAGGCAUGCAAGCAGGGUCUACUGUUGUUGUGCCUUGGCGUGAAUCUUCACCAUCGCACCAUCACACCCAUUAGCAUGCCGCAGAGUACCUGUGCUUGCUGAGCUGUUGUACAUAUGAUGUGCUCGACUUUGGUCGGUAUUCUACCUUGUAUUGUAUGUAUUUGGGCACCUCGGCCAACCAACAAUAAUGCGCAGCAGACAUGUCCCUUCGCCUCACAGUUUGCCUCUCGUGCUCAGUAGAAACCGCAGUCUGCAAUUUCCUUUCGCCCGCGGAUCGAGAGGCCCGAGCGCGUGUUGCACUGCGCAUUCACCCCCGUCGACACAAUGUAGUGGAACCAG